UGGACCAGGCGACAUCGUCACUUCUUACAAAGCUUCGCUCUCUGUCAGCACACGGAAGAAAUAAAAUCGAAAAUAUGGCGCGGAUACAUGUCUGGAUUCUCCUCGUGGGAAUUCUGGUAUCGCUCGCAUCAGCGGGCGCCCCUACAUUUUGUAAAUGCACAUGCUUUAAAAAUAGCACGAUUAUUGCCCUUGGGCCGCAACAUCAAACCGAAUCUCGAUCCUUGCCGCUAUCCGAUCCAGUAUCGCUAGGUUCAGCAGACGCUGGCCUCAAUGCUCGAACGCCAUCGACAUCAUGCUCAGAUUGCACCAAAGCCUUUUGUCUGAAUCAGGGUCUCGCGAUUUGCAAGAAAGCGACCGAGGAGGAUGUCUUCACUCUUUGUUUCCAGCGCGACAGUAAUAAGGAUAAGAUUAUGGUUUGGGGCUUCAUUAUCGGCACGCUCGGCCUGCUUGGAUAUGCUGCGUUCAAAAGAGUGUUGGAACACCGCGAAGGCAGGGCCUCUACACUGCAGGCAGGUGUUGGCUAUGCUCCAGUAGCAGUUCAAUGAUGUUAAUGUAUAUUUAUCGGUUGCACGGCGUUCGGUUAAAGAUUUACAAGAUUUGUUAGAGGACUCCUUUUUUUAAUGAAGAGGGUGGUAUAAAAUUGACACAAGAAAGUCGUUAUGUUUGCUCAUUCAAAAAGACACAAAUGCCCUAUGAUUCUAUACCCGAAACAUCCCAUCGACAGAUACAAACCCCUCCAACUGUCGGGGCCAAAUGCUCAUUUUAGACGUCAACUUUUGUCUUCUUUUUCUCAUUACCCAGGUCGGCACCGCCACCCGCUGCGCUUCAAAAUCCCGGAAAUUGGGAUUCUCACGUAAAAUAGUACACCGCUUAGUCCUCUUCAAUAGAAGUGACCUGAGCGUCUUCAUUGGGGGAGUCGCCGUUGAUGGCUCUGCGAGCGCGAACAGCGUCGGCAAGGUCCUCAAGAACAGUGACAGUGGUCUCCCAGUUAACACAGGCAUCAGUAAUACUGACACCGCGCUUGAGGCCAGCAGGGCCUUCAGCAGGGACCUUUUGGUUGCCCUCGUUGAUGUUGGACUCAAUCAUGACACCAAUGAUAGCCUUCUCGCCCUCACGGAGUUGGUCACCAACCACCUUGGAAACCUUGGGCUGGUUGUUGUGGUUCUUUUGAGAGUUGCC